UCUUUCUUUCUUCUUUCUCCAGUUCAUCCUUCUGACCUAGAGGCAGGAGAAAUAGGAUUGUGGGGCCCCUGGAUGCUUAGGCAGAGGCUGCCCCAUUCAAGGUAUCUGUGCUGGCCAAGAGCAUCUGUGAUCCCCUCUCCCCUUAAAGUGGACAGUUCCGGUUGUGGGCCAUCACCACAGCUGGUGGACAUCGAGCAGCUGGAUCCCCGUGGGCGGACUCCUCUACACCUGGCCACUACGCUGGGGCACCUUGAGUGUGCCCGAGUACUCCUGGCGCACGGUGCAGAUGUGGGCAGGGAGAAUCGCAGCGGCUGGACGGUGCUUCAAGAAGCUGUGAGUACCCGAGACCUGGAGCUGGUGCAGCUGGUGCUGCGGUACCGGGACUACCAGAGGGUGGUGAAGCGUUUGGCAGGCAUCCCCAUGCUCCUGGAGAAGCUGCGCAAGGCCCAGGACUUCUACGUGGAGAUGAAAUGGGAAUUCACUAGCUGGGUGCCCCUAGUAUCCAAGAUCUGCCCUAGUGACACCUACAAAGUGUGGAAGAGUGGCCAGAACCUUCGGGUAGACACCACACUCCUGGGCUUUGACCACAUGACGUGGCAGCGAGGGAACCGUAGUUUCGUCUUCAGGGGCCAAGAUACAAAUGCUGUGGUCAUGGAGAUUGACCAUGACCGCCGGGUGGUAUACACGGAGACUCUGGCGCUGGCCGGGCAGGACCGCGAGCUGCUGCUGGCUGCUGCCCAGCCAACCGAGGAGCAGGUGCUGAGCCGGCUCACUGCACCCGUCGUCACCACACAGCUUGACACCAAGAACAUCUCCUUUGAGAGGAACAAGACUGGCAUCCUAGGCUGGCGCAGUGAGAAGACCGAGAUGGUGAAUGGGUACGAAGCCAAGGUAUAUGGGGCAUCCAACGUGGAACUCAUUACCCGGACACGAACAGAGCAUCUUUCAGAACAGCACAAGGGCAAGGUCAAAGGCUGUAAAACACCUCUGCAGUCCUUCCUGGGAAUUGCUGAGCAGCAUGGGGGCCCUCAAAAUGGGACCUUGAUCACUCAGACUCUGAGCCAAGCCAACCCCACUGCCAUCACUGCAGAAGAGUACUUCAAUCCCAACUUUGAGCUUGGCAACCGUGACAUGGGCCGCCCCAUGGAACUGACCACCAAGACACAGAAGUUCAAGGCCAAGCUGUGGCUGUGUGAGGAGCAUCCCCUGUCCCUGUGUGAGCAGGUGGCCCCCAUCAUUGACCUCAUGGCUGUCAGCAAUGCACUUUUUGCCAAGCUCCGGGAUUUCAUUACCCUGCGCCUGCCUCCUGGCUUCCCUGUCAAGAUUGAAAUCCCGAUCUUCCACAUCCUCAACGCCCGUAUCACCUUCGGGAACCUCAAUGGCUGCGACGAGCCGGUGCCACUGGUGCGAGGCAGCCCCAGCAGCGAGACCCCUUCCCCGGGCAGCGACUCCUCGAGUGUCAGCAGCUCCAGUUCCACAACCUCGUGCCGCGGUUGCGAGAUCUCCCCAGCCUUGUUUGAGGCCCCUCGUGGCUACAGCGUGCUGGGAGGCCAGCGGGAGUCGGCAACCCGCGACGACGAUGAUGACCUGCUGCAGUUCGCCAUCCAGCAGAGCCUGCUUGAGGCGGGCAGUGAGUAUGACCAGGUCACCAUCUGGGAGGCACUAACCAACAGCAAGCCCGGCACUUACCCCAUGUCCUACGAGGGGCACCGACAGGACAGGAGCACCCCACCCACGCCGCAACGCCAGCCUGCGCCCCGCGCCGCGGUCCCCAGCCCUCGGCCUAGCCCCGGCCCGGGCCCCAGCGGCCGGGUGUUCCGGACCUACGACGAGCAGCUGAGGCUGGCCAUGGAGCUGUCAGCGCAGGAGCAGGAGGAGCGGCGGCGGCGCGUGCGCCAGGAGGAGGAGGAGCUGGAGCGCAUCCUACAGCUCUCACUAACAGAGCAGUAGCGCCACUGCAGGCCCUCGGCCACACCACGUCUGACCCGUCCCGGAGCGAGACACUCUCUGGCCCCAUAUGCCUGCCCAGAUGCGGCUAGAGGCUGGAGCCACCGCCACAGGGGCAUAGUGAAGCACUAGGCACAGGACCGGGAGGGGUUCGGCAAGGCCACAGAGUACCAUUCUGGGCCAGGGUCCUGGAGGCAGCUGGCACGGCCGGGUCUCCCUGCUUUGCUGUAUCCUGACCCCACCCCUCUCCCCUGGGCUCAGGCCUGUUCAAGCCGGAGAGGGGACCUUAGAGGAGCAGUGUCCCCAUCCUUGCUCCUUCUGGCCAGCCCUACUUUCUGCUCACUGACCCCACUCCAGGACACUGCCCGUCAAGCCUUUGCAUCUCCGCUCUUCAUCCCUGGGGGAGGAGGAGGCGGGGGACAGCUGAGCUCCCCACGUGCUGUGUUGCUGCUUUGUUCCAGACACAAACCAGCACGUCAAGGGCCCAGCCCCUCUCCCACCCCAGCAUUUCAGCGUCAAGUGCACUUAGCGGGGUGCCUGGCUCCCCCAGCCCCCCACACCCCUCCCAGGUCUCAGGGUGGUCCCGGUUUCAAUUUUGGCGGCCAAAGGUUGGAAUCCCCUUCCUCAAGACACGUUUCUGUGGUCAGGGAGGGUGCCCAAGGUGCGCCCCCCCCAACACACCCACCUGGGCAAGGCCUGACUCCCUCAUGCUGUCUUGGCAAAUGGGGGGACAUAUUGGGCUGGGGACAAACACUAGACCCUAUACUAGACUGGACCGAGAGGGGUCACCCAGGGCCCUAGUACCACCACCCACCCCUUCCCACCAGCUGCUGCUAGCCCUCUGUGGUUGUGUGUCCCACUGCCCCCACCAGGGGCUGACUCUAAAACCCUUCAUCCAAUGGUGCUAACCCCCGGCUCUCCCCUGCCCCAACCCACCCACCCAGAGAAGCACAGACCCUGUCAGGGGCAGGGGCCCAUUGCAAACCCUUGUCUGGGUUCUCUCAUACUGGCCUUCCUGGCUCAGCCAGGGAGGUUCAGAAGGGACACAAAAGGGAUGGAAGAACAAAAAGAAACUGUUCCUCUCACCCCCCUCCCUGAUGCCAGGGGCACCAGACUGAUUCUGAGGCACAAAUUAAAGAGGCUUCAAACCCAA